AUGUCUUCUCUGCUUGCAGGAAUGCACUUCGUGGAGUCGAGAUUUCUGGAUAGCAGUGACGACGGUAGCGCCUGUCUACUGCCAGCUUCGUCGCCUAUUAGCUCAAUCACAGCGCCACCACAGCUUCCAUUCGGACCGAUUUCCGUGGCUCCCCUGCCUCCAACUACUUCUCCGACAGCCUUCGACAUCGUUCGGCUCUCCGACCAACUCAUCAACACCAUCUUCCAUCAACAAUUAACCCAGCCCUUUUGCCUCAGCCAUUGUCACCCCUCAACAAACAGCAGUCUUGACAGUUGCCCGUCUGGUGCCGGUUCGUUUAAUCAGAGGAACGAGACGUCGUGGGAUCUGAAGAAGCGAAAUCGUGAAGAGGUAAAGCUUCAACCCUACGCAUGCAGAGACGGAGUGGAAUUGUUCAAUUGCCCGCUUUGUCCCACGAUGGACAUUGCUACAAGAGCACUACUCACAACCCACUUACAGCAGCACCAGAACAACCAAAAACGAGACGAUGGCAAGCAUGUCUGCUGCUUUUGUGCCAGCGAACUCAGUUCAAACAGCUCCCUGGAACGCCAUCUCCUAACCCAUACAAACCACAGACCAUUCACCUGCAGUCUCUGCGACAAAGCCUUCACUACAAAUGGCAACCUCAGUCGACACAGACGCACCUCGCACCAGCUGCUUCCGUUUUCUGCCCCCUCUGAGACGACCCAGGUUCAAGCUGACGAGGAUACCAAGUCAAAUGUGAAGAAAUUCAGCAAUCCUCACGCGAUCCGAAAUAUCCUCGGGAAGGGUCGAAUAUCGAUUCCGUGUUUUAGAGCGAUGCUCUAUGCCAUCAAAAGAAAGCAAAGAUCUUUAAAAGAAAUGGGCUGGAAGAUUAAUCAACCACCAUCUGCUCUUCGCGAAAUCUUAAUUAAGCAAAGAAGACGUUUUCUGCAUUACAUACGGCGUCAGAGAGAACGACGGUUGCACAAUUUAGCGGCUCCGUCAGUCGUAGAGAACGAGGGAGAGGUUCUUGACCUCUCCUUGAAGCACGAAGCGCCACUGCAAUCGCCACUGCCACAACCUCCACCAGUGCCACCAUUACCACAGCAGUUCCCUGACAUGCUAGGGCCUCUAGCGAUGCUGUGUCAAGCUCCAUUUGCAUUCCCAGCGGCGUCAGCUAUGUUCCAGUUCAUGAUGCUGAGAUCUGCUGCAGUCCCAACACCCUUCUCCUCUUAUCCUGCUGUGCCCACACUCCCUUCGCCUCCCCCACCGUCUGCAGUGCCGACGCUGACUCCACCAUGCCAACAGACCGCCAAUCCCAGACCGGUGGUGUGGAAUAGGAAGAAGAAUUCAUACAAGGAUGCGCCGAAACUCAUCACGUGCCCAGUGGCAGGAUGCAACCAAAAGUUUCCCUGGAACAGUUCACUCAAACGUCACAUUCUAACGCACACCCCUCACAAACCGUUUUCCUGCACACGAUGCACCAAAGCCUUCUCUACGAAAUCGAACCGCGAGCGACACAUGGAACGCGUGCACCGUGUUAGUCUGAAACGCCAGAAGCGGGACCCGUACGGCAGUGCAUGUUGUUCAGCCGCCGAGGAGUUCUUGCGGGAAGAAGAGAUCGCCUCGAUGCAGGGCAACGACAGACAGGCCGAUGACAUCAGCAAUACCCUCCUGAGGUCGGCUGGCAGCCCUCUGGUUGAGCCGAAUCCCGAACGCUGCGCCCAAUUCACCAACACCAACACCACCACUACCGCCGCCACCAUCGACUGCAUGUUGACCUCCGCCGCAUCCUCCGCCUCCAUCUUUUCGAAGGAUCGGUCGCCUGCUGUGUGCUCGUUGUGCGGAAAGCAGUUCGCCCUGCAAUACAGUCUGCGACGCCAUCUCAAAACCCACAUGCCGGCCUUUUGA